UCCCUCAGACACAGCAGAUCACCGAUCAACGGAAAGAGCAGAAGACGUCAGUUAAGUCAUGUGAUCAGCUGUGUCCAAUCACAGCUGAUCACUGAUCAUCAGGGCACUGAUGAUCAGUGUGCCCUGAUGAUCAGUGUAGCCCCAGUGCCACCUGUCAGUGUCCAUCAAUGCCAGCUGUCAGUGCCCAUCAGUGCCUACCAAUGCACAUCAAUGCCACAUCAGUGCACAUCUGAGCUGCCUUUCAGUGUCACCUAUCAUGCCCGUCAGUGCCACCUAACAGUGCCAGUCAGUGCCACCUAACAGUGCCAUAUAUGAGUGCUGCCU